AUGAUACAUUCUGACGAAAUCAGUGACUUUGACUUAGACUCAAAUUCAGACGAAGAACCAAUUAUCAAUACCAAUGAUGAAGUAAAAUUAAACGAAAAUGAUUUGAAGUUUGAUGACUUUGUCAUAGUGCUAUUUAAUGAAAAUAAAUAUCCUGGAAAAAUUGUAGGUUUUUCUGAAAAGGGGCCCAUAGUAGACUGCAUGUUUAGAAUAUUUAAGUUCUGGAGAUGGCCAGAAAAAAAAGAUGCUAUACUGUAUGAAUGGAAAGAUGUCUUAAGGAAGAUCGUUCAUUAG